AUGUUUAAUAUCCCAUCUCUUUGCGAAUAUUUCCUAACAAAUGGUGCAAAUAUCAAUGCAAAAGAUGAAUUUGGAGAAACUGCUCUUCAUUUUGCAGCAAAAAAUAAUAGUAAAGAAUCAGCCGAACUUCUUAUAUCAUAUGGUAUAAAUAUCAAUGAAAAAAAUGAUGAUGGAGAAACCGCUAUUCAUAUUGCAGCAUUAUUUAAUAGCAAAGAAACAGCAGAGCUUCUUAUUUCACAUGGUGCAAAUAUUAAUGAAAAAAAUGAUAAUGGAGAAACCGCUCUUCAUAUUGCAGCAUUAAAUGAUAAUAAAGAAACAGCAGAGCUUCUUAUAUCAUAUGGUAUACAUAUCAAUGAAAAAAAUGAUAAUGGAGAAACCCCUCUUCAUAUUGCAGAACAAUAUAAUAAUGAAGAAAUAGCCAAACUUCUUAUUUCAUAA